AUGUCUUUUCUUCGACGGUUCUCCACUUUCCGGCCUGUGUUGUCGCACGUUGGGUCUUCGCCCGUGUCGUUGGCCCCGCAGGUCGAGUUCGAGUUCAUGGACCUGCUGGUUCCGAAGUAUGUGCCCAAGGGCGCGAAAUCCAUGAAGCUGAACAAGCUCGUCACUGUUAAAGGUCCAAAGGGAGCAGUGGACAUCGUGCUUCCAAGCUUUGUGAAGCUCAACAAGGAAGGUGACAAGGUCGACGUCCGUGUGGAACAGCCUCAGGACAAGUUGCAAAAACAACUGUGGGGAACAAUGCGUGCGCUAUUGAAUAACGGCGUUGUUGGAGUCACCGAGGGUCACACCUCUACACUCAAAUUCCAGGGAACAGGAUACCGUGCGAUGUUGGAGGAGGUUGACGGGGUGAAAUGGGUCAAGAUGAAGAUCGGAAAGUGCGACUUGCAAGGUCUGCCGGUUCCGGAAGGCAUCACUGUCACGGCUCCUACACAAACGCUAUUGAUACUAGAAGGAUGUGACAAGCAAAAGUUGAAUCUUUUCGCUGCAAAACUUAGAAACAUGCAUCCACCAGAAAGAUACAAGGGAAAGGGAAUCUACCUCAAUGGCGAGACCAUCAAGCUGAAGGACAAGAAGGUGAAAUGA